UUUUAUUUGCCUGUGUUUCGCUUCGCAUGGGUUUGAUUGCAUGCAUCAUCAGCACAGCCAAUGACCUAGAACCUGCAGUGUCGGCGGUGCGCGUGACGCGGGGGGAGGUGACGUGCGCGGACGCGGGGGCGUGGCCGGGGGCGGGGCUACUCGCUGCGGGCAGCGGCGACGGGCAACUGCGGCUGUGGCGCUGGCAGCGCGGCGCCGGAUGGACAGAUGAAAAAGCGACGCGUGCGCAUAGAUAUGGCGUCACGUGCGCUAGAUUCUCGGAGGGUGGUCGACUCCUGGCGUCAGCGGGCGUGGACGGUGCGGCUCGUAUCUGGGCGGCGCGGGAGCUGACGGAGCGUCGCGAGCUCGCCGCGCCUGAUGCUGCCGCUGCCAGAGCCUUGGUGUGGGCUGGAGGGAGGCUGGCAGUGGGCCACGACGACGGAGCAGUGCGCGUAUGGACAAGCUCAGGAGCUUUGCUCUGCUGUGUUCGACCGCACGAAGGCGCUGUGCAUGCGUUGGCCACGCUUUCCGCUAACGCUUUGCUGUUGACCGGCUGUACGGAGGGUGUGUUAAAGGUGUUCGACUUUGAUGAGAGAGAAAGAGAUAUAUUGCUGUGUGCGAGUAAAAGCGCCAUGCAAACGUUCGCCUCGUUCUCCGCUAACGCUUUGCUGUUGACCGGCUGUACGGAGGGCGUGUUGAAGGUGUUCGACUUUGAUGCCCUCACCAAAUCCGGCAUCGACGGGGGCUCAGGUCCACCUCCUUUAAUCUGGGAGGACGGUGCUCACGAUUUAGGGCUCGCCUGCGCGGCAUCAGCGCACAAGAUGGCCGCCACUGGAGGCCGGGACGGGCGGAUUCGGCUCUGGACUGUCCUCGGCGGAGGACGGGAGAGGCGAGUGGUCCCAGACGGGGUUCUGACUGGACACACUGAUGCGGUAACAGCGUUGUACUGGGCGAGGGAUAUGCUGGCGUCGGCUUCGCAGGACCGCACAGCACGCAUCUGGGACCCACAAUCGUCGUCGUGCGUGCGAGUGCUACACGCGCACAAGCGGUACCUCACCGCUGUGGUCGUGGCCGCUGAUCUUCGGUAUAUCAUUACUGGCUCCAACGACAAGUCGGUGCGGACCUGGUCUUUGGGUUCGUUCAGCAUCGAUGACGACAUAGAGCCUGAAUGCAACCCGAUGAGCCACUUCGCUCUUGGUGAUUUAGAAGGCAUCGGCCCAGUAGACGACGCAGCGAUCCUCGAAGGCGAGGAGUUAGAAGACAACAUAGGGUCAGAGACCACAAAGAGUGUCUGUGUGUGGACGGAGAGCUGCGGGACUGCGGUCAACUGUAUAGCGGCGUCGGGGGACCUGUUUGCCGCCGCGUGCAGCGACGGUUGGGUGCGCAUAUACCAGGUGUCCGCGGACGGAUCCCGCGUGGUACACGUGCGUUCACUCGAUGCGCACACUUACCCCGCCAUGGCGGUGGACUUCGGCGCGGGGGGUGACCUUCUACUCAGCGCCGGGUUGGAUGCCAGCGUGAGACUUUGGGAUGUGAAGAGCGGCUGCGAGCUCGCCACACUAAUGGCGGAGGGCGUGUGCGGGGAGGGUGCGGGGGGCGGCGGCGUGCGGGGCGCGCGGCUCUCCCCGCGCCGCCUGCUGCUCGCCAGCGACAACGGCGCCGCCGCCGUCUGGGACAUCGACCCGCUGACUAACGAUCCCACACAUGUGUACGGCGAUAUGGCGGAAGCGGCUACUUGCUGCUGCUGGGCGGGUGGAGACCUGCUGGCGGUGGGCGGCGCGGCGGGCGACUUGCGACUCUGCCGCCCACCACCAGAUGCUGCGGAGAUAUGCUGCCAGACUGACGCUCAUGACUUAGGUGUAUUAAGCUGCGACUUCGCACCCGACUUCGAGGACGGCGAGUACAUACUAGCGAGUGGCGGACGAGACGCGCUAGUGAAGCUGUGGCGAGCGGGCACCGGGCUGAAGUUGCUGAGCUCGCUGCCGGCGCACGCGGGCGCUGUUCACACCGUGCGGUGGGGAGGGAAUGUCGGCGGCGCGCGCGUGCUAGCGACCGGUGGCGCGGACCGCUGGGCGCGCGUGUGGCGUGUGAGCGGGGGGCGGGCGGUGCCGCUGGCGGCGGUCGCGGCUCGGGGCGCGGGGGGCGCGGGCGCCGUGCAGCCCAUGGGCCAGUGUCUAGUGGUGGGAUCCCUAUCGGGUGAACUAGCGCUAUGGUCGCUCCCGAGCGCGGCGCUGAGCGAGGACGACGCCGCGGAGCCGCGCGAGUGGGUGGGGCCAGCGGUCGCACGUUGGAUCACAGAAUACGUCACACGAUAUCCUGGUUCAACAAUAUCGCUGGAAGAUGAGAUACAGCUGUUAGAGAGGGUGCGCGAGGCGGCUCUCACCGGCGCGAGGUUACUAGACGAUCCCUUAGAAGAACUAUUGGAGGCUUUGGGAUGUGGUGGUGACGACGAAGACGAGAGCGAGUUGACGACGCGACUUCGAGACGAAAUACUGUGGCUGAGAAGAGACCUACUGCCGUACGAUGUGGAGGCAAGCGCCCCGCACGCACUGCGGUGUCCGCUGUCACAUCGCGUCGUACGCGAGCCGGUGCGCGCGGCCGACGGCUUUACGUAUGACCGUGCUACGCUUUCCGAGUGUCUGCUCGCCCAGGGAGAUGAUAUGCGCUCUCCUAUGACUGGUCGGCGGUUGGUCAGCGCGCUGGUAGAACCGAACUACGGAGUCAGAGAACAACUCAAACUACUGUAUGCCGAAUACAGGUAGUAGUUUAAACUAAAUAUAAGGUGUGGUAUACACUUUGGAUAUUUUGUGUAACGUUGAGGAAAAAUGUCAUACUUCUAAGUUCAGUAACUUAAAUUUUUGC